AUGACUUUAUCAUCAUUAACAUCAACUACUGGUUUCGAACAUUUUGGUCUCAAACUCUACUCAGCUAUUAGUGAAGGUCAAAAAGAUCAAAAUAUAUUUUUUUCACCAAUAAGUAUUGUACUUGCUAUGGCAAUGUGUACAGUAGGUGCUCGAGAAGAAACAUUAAAUCAAAUGUUAAAAGCAUUAGAAGCAUCAUCAACAACUCAAUUAACAAAUACAGCUGAACAAGUUAUGCGUGUUUUUUCUAUCGCUAAUCAAGAUAAACAAGUUCAACUUAAAUUAGCUAACCUUCAAAGUUCUUUUGCAGCUGAUAUUAAACUUGAAGAUUUUCAAAAUGAUAGCGCUAAAGUUGUUCAAACAAUUAAUGCAUGGGUUGAAGAACAAACAAAUAAAUUAAUUAAAAAUUUACUUUCACUAAAUGAUAUUAUAAGUGAUACAAGAUUAAUUAUUAUUAAUUGUAUUUAUUUUAAAGGUACGUGGGUAAACGAAUUUAAUGAAUAUUCAACAGAUAAACACGCUGAUUUUCAUGAAGCUAAUGGAAAGAUUUCCAAAGUGAAACUAAUGCAUAACAGAGAUACAUAUGCUUAUGCUAAAAAUAAAUAUUUAGGAGUACAAAUUGUUCAUUUACCUUAUGAAAGUGAUAGUAGAGAUGUUCAAUUUGUUUUUACUGUUAUUUUACCAAAACAAGGCGUGUCAUUAUCUGAUGUGGAAAAAAAUUAA